UUGGAUUUGGCUCCGCACGUGUGACGCAUCCUCAAGAUCCCGCCACGUUCGCAAAUUUCCGAACAAAAAAUCAAAUCAAAGUUUCAAACUUCGAAUCGUCUGUCCCAUGAUGAAACGAUAAAUCUUCAAAACAUCAUUGAUUUAUCGAAGCUUUGGGUUUUUUCGCAGGGUCCGAUCCGAAAUUUCGAUCUUUUUUGGUUGGAUUUUUGAAGAGAAAAUGAAUGUGGGAGAUCUUCAUAAAGUAUGGGAAGUAAAAACGUUGAAAAGAAAACCUGGGGAAGAAGAAGCUAAGAAGAUUUUAGACAGAAUAGCCAAACAAGUGCAACCCAUUAUGCGUAAGCACAACUGGAGAGUUAAAGUUCUCUCUGAAUUCUGUCCAACAAAUCCACGUCUUCUAGGUAUGAAUGUUGGACAGGGGCUGAAUGUGAAAUUGAGGCUUCGGAGGCCAAAUAGGGACUUGGAUUUCAUCCCAUUUGAUCAAGUUUUAGAUACCAUGCUUCAUGAACUUUGCCAUAAUGCUCAUGGUCCUCACAAUGCCAAUUUCUACAAGCUUUGGGAUGAACUCAGAAAGGAAUAUGAGGAGUUAAUAUCCAAAGGAAUAAGUGGUACAGGAGGGGGGUUUGAUCUUCCUGGAAGGCGUUUGGGUGGGUUUUCUUGCCAGCCUCCUCUUUCAUCUCUUCGCCAAAUUGCACUAACUGCAGCUGAGCAGAGAGCUCGUUUUGGGUCUCUACUACCAUCUGGACCUAGGCGUCUUGGCGGUGACAGCUCUAUUAUGGCUGACCUUAGUCCAAUACAAGCUGCUGCAAUGGCGGCAGAAAGAAGGUUACAGGAUGAUAUUUGGUGUGGCUCUCAGUCUUCUGGUGAUGGGGAAAGUAGCUCUGAUAUCUCUGAAGAUCUUGUAUGCAUGGGGCAGAGUACAGGAAAAAUUAAGAGCUCUAGUGGUUCUGGUGGACAGGGUGUGUAUACAGUUUCUCGAAAAAGAAGUCAUGAAUCAAAUACCAUAUUUGUUGAUCAUAGUGCAAAUACUUCAAGGCCAACACUUAAUCAUGAUGGCAGAUGGCAUAAAGUUUGUAGAUCAAAGAACACUUCAGCUUCUCAAUCUAAUUGUAACUCUGACCCUGGUUUUGUGGAAUUAUCCCAGGCCUCAACUCCUGCAUCUAUGCAUAAUUGUGAAGCUGAUCGUAGUCUUGAAGAAAUUGCAACCUGGGAGUGUGAAGCAUGCACUUUAUUGAAUCCUCCUUUAGCUCCAAUCUGCGAACUUUGUACCACACCGAGGCCCAAAGGUUUUGGUGCUGAGAAGAAAACAUGGUCCUGUAUGUUCUGUACUUUGGAUAACAGUUUGACAUUGGACCGAUGCUCAGCAUGUGAUCAAUGGAGAUAUUCACAUGGUGCUCCAGUGUCAACUCCAGCACCUUAUGUUGGCACAUGAAAGUUCAAUCCACAUGGCCUGUGAAUUCAUCCCUUCUAAAGGUCUAGGACAUUCAAAUUUCAAUAGUUUUUUCUUGGCUUUUGUUGAUUUAGCUGUCACAUGCUAGCUUGGCUGAAGUAUCAUAUGUUUGUAAUUAAACAUUUUGGCAAUCACUGGAUUGUUUUUCUUUACUUAAACGGUGAUGAUGAACUUAAGGUAAACAUGGAAAGCUGAUGCAAAAUUUGAUAUUGCUAGAAUCAAUAGUCAUUCAGCUGAUACUUGCAGUCUGCAUAUAGUCAUGCAAUUUUUCAAUAGAAGCACAAUGGAAGAACAUAAGACACCAGCAAAGAGGCUGAAGAAACAUUGGCCUUUUAGUUGUAAAGUUCUUUGUUUAUCAGGACUACUGGGUUUAACUGAGCUGGUUUGUGUAGAUUUGACUCCAAGUUAUGUUGGUUCUCUAGGAAGGAUAUGAUGUGUUUUAAGGGUAUGCCUAAAAUUUCCUGAUUAUUUAUCCCAACCAUUUGUUUUUAGCAGCUUGCUUGUUUUGAUCAUGUUGUAAAAUUGAGCUCUCAUGAAUGGUUGCAAUUGCUAUAUAUAAGGGUAGAUUUAAACUGAGCUAA